AUGGCCAACCUCGAGAAACGGAGACUAAAAGUCUCGACUGGAUCGUUACCCUCCGACAAGACCGCCCUGGAGACUCUGCCGUUUCACCAUCCUUUUGUUAGCCAGGCAAGUCUAUCCGGAUUACUAGUCGACGUCGUCUUUCCUGAAAAUAUCACCCUCGCAAACGCGUUAUCGAAAUUGGAGACGCGGUAUGUGAAGGGGAGGACGAGGCUCAGCGUCAUAGUCGUGAAUGGAGAUUCGUUUGGGAGUGGCGAAGUCACAAUGCUCACAACCAACACCGUCGGGUCUUCACAGGACGUAUGGUGUAUCGACCCUCGAGGCGUCCUGUCUCUCUGUGUCUGCAAGGAGACAUACGAAUCGCUAGGAAUUGUUGGGAAACCUCUGCCGUUUAAAGGUCGUUCAGACCAACACGACCAUGAUCGCAUCCCUGAACUCUCAACAACAAAAGACGCUGAAGUCCGGCAAGUGAGAUGUAAGAAGCGGGAAUCCACCGACGUGUAUAUUCCAUCUUCGUCCCUCGGAGCGCGACCUACGUUGGCCGGUUCGAAAGGGAAGAAGCCGGCUUCUUAUGAGGAUGAGAUAGAAGAUUGGAAUAGGGAUCUUAUGGACUUGUUUGAGUGGGCGGGGUUGGCGGCCCUUAAUUCUCCCAGAAUAUCUGCCCGAGAUCGUGCGGACCCGUACAUUGCGGUCUAUGAACCUCCGCAACCUUCGAGCGUGGGCAAUGUCACACAUCUAUGCUGGAGGGGCCUCCUUGCGCCUACCUUCGUGCACACUAUCAUCGAACAGACUUGUAAAUCAAUCGAAAGUCAAGCAUCGACCGCACAGAAGCCAAUCUUCGCUUUCAUCACUGUCCACGGAGUGACAACGAUCCCGAUUUCAUACCUUUCUCCAGGUGGAGAAGGGAAGGAAGCACAGGCUUUCGUCCGACUUCCUCGUCAAGACACCGAAGAUACAUGGAGUUUGCUGGUCAAUGCCACGCCUUCUGGGGGUGUCUCUUGGACAUUGCUUGAGUGCAUCGGGCAAUGGGACACGCGAUGGGGCUAG